CUCGCCCCGAGCUUCCAAAUCACCAAAUUUUUGGAGGAUGAGUCAGCGAUGGGCUGCCAAACAUUGUAUUACCAGUAGAUGAUUCGAGAGAGAGAGAGAAGAGCUCCUGUAGCGUGUUUGCGCAGUCUGGCCUGUUUGGGAGCUAUCAACGCUGCCAGUGUUCACAGAGGUUGUCUUCACACAGAGAGCCCAUCAACCCCCCGGCGAAUGUCGAUCCCCCUAAACUCGCACCUGUCGGAGGGUCGCGUAGUGGUCAAUUCCAGGGUAUCUUGAAACUGCUCCUGUCAGGAUUACGCUUGGCAGCAAAACCAAACCCUAAUGGGGGCAUAAAAAGUAUGGUGGAAGUGCGUAUUUAGUGCCCCCAAUUCCGGGUCAGAUUUCACGGUAUCGUACUAUACUCGCAAUGGGUGACGUUUGUGAACACGACUCCUAUUGUACUGUACAAUACAUGGACGCAGGGAAAAAGCAGAUUUGGCGGUAGCCCUCGCUCCCACAAAACUUCACCCCAUUACGAGUAGGGUACCGUACGCUACAUACCGGUGCCAUGCUAUAUAAACCUCUGUUAUCCUCCUCCCUUGAGCUCUUGGUUCUUGACACUUACCAUCCGCCCCCUCUUGAGAAAUUGGACUCGGACUGAAGUUGGAGAUCAGCAAUUAUGGCCCCGGUGAAUGUUUUGAUGGUUUGUCUCAAUCCCGGCUUGGCUGGUGAUUACGAUGAGGGCCAAGAGCUAAUGAUCGAGUUUGCAGGUUGGAACUGGAGAGUACACCACCGGCUGGGUGGGUACUGGAGGGUCUACAUCCGACAAGAAGGUACCAUACCAUCAUCAUCUCCUUCCCCCCGUGUACCCCUAUCCCCACUUCUCACAUUUCUCGCAGGUAGGCGUGGUGGGUCUCACCCUCUUUGACCUCCGCCGUCGCGGAAAGGUCGGGGAGCUUAGCAUGGUCGGCGUGAACGGGAAAAAAUACCCGGAUAUCCGUGCUCUACCCCCUUCGAUUCCUCCAUCCCGUCAUCAAUGAGCUGACAUCCUGCAGGCAAUCACUUGGAGAAAAACAUCAAAAAGGUCUACAACAACCUCGACGUCUCGUUCAAGUCCUUCCCCGCCGACAACGCCGUGGAUCCGGAAAGCUACAAGACCGCCAUCGACGCCCUCUCGCCCGGGGACGCAAUCACAAUCUUCACCCCGGACACAACGCACUUCCCCAUCGCGCUCUACGCAAUCCGAAGAGGGAUACACGUCCUCAUCACCAAGCCGGCGACGAAAACGCUGGAGGACCACCUCACCCUCAUCGAGGAGGCCGAGAGGGCAAAGGUAUUCGUUUACGUGGAGCAUCACAAGCGCUUUGAUCCUGCCUAUUCCGAUGCGAGGGCUAGGGCCAAGAAUCUCGGUGACUUCAAUUACUUUUACAGUUACAUGUCGCAGCCGAAGUCGCAGCUGGAGACUUUCAGGGCGUGGGCUGGGAAGGAGAGUGAUAUCUCGUACUACCUGAAUUCGCAUCAUAUUGAUAUCAAUGAGAGUAUGGUUCCGGGGUACCGGCCUUUUAAGGUCACGGCGUCGGGGAGCACUGGUUGCGCAACAGGGUUGGGGUGUGUCGGAGGAACCGAGGACACAAUCACACUCUUGACGGACUGGGUAAAGAAGGAUGACCCUUCAAAGACUGCCACGGGAGUUUACACCGCAUCCUGGACCGCCCCCCAAAGAGCCGGCGUUCAUUCCAAUCAAUACUUUCACUGUACCCCCCCUCCCAAAUUACCCCCUACCGCAAAGCCAAAAGCUAACUUGCAGCAGACAUGGCCUCCAAAGGCGAAAUCCGCGCCAACCAAUCCAAACGCGGCUACGAUGUGACGGACGACGACCUGGGCGGCCUGACCUGGUAUAACCCCUUCUACAUGCGCUACGCCCCCGACGAGGAAGGAAACUUUGCCGGACAGACCGGCUACGGUUACAUCUCUUUCGAGAAGUUCGUGGACGCGUGCUCGGCACUGAACGAGGGUCGCAUCACACUCGCGGAGCUCGAUAGGCGCGGUUUGCCUACGCUCAGGAACACGAUUGUUACGGGGGCGAUAUUGCACGCCGGGAGGAUUAGUCUGGAUGAGAAGAGGAGCGUCGGGAUUGAGGAGGUUGGGGGGGUGUUGAGGCUUGUUUAGAUGGGGGGUGGGUUUUGCAGUUGUGCUCCAGUUUGUGGUAAAUUAUUUUUCUUUUUUUAACUAUCGUACCGCUUGUGUUACGCCAUGCGAUAGUCUACAGCAUCCGCUCCACCCCACCCACCGCUGACUAACCUAUCCACCUUGCUCUAUCAGACCGUUAAAGUUUAAUUUGACUUCCUUGCCAUAUCCCUCCACCUAUUUGUACCGUAUGGUGACCUGACCCGAUAGUUGAAAUCAAGUUUAUCCGCCCACCUGCCACCGCACAAACCCCGGAUCGGAUCCAGAACCCACUGUCCAUCUGAGGAGUCUGUAGAGAGCGCUGGAUUGUGCCGUACUCGAGCGGCGGCAGUUUUAUAAUAGUUGCGAUAUGCUUGAAUCGGGUGUUGAGUUUGCAAAGUAGGCUAGCCGGGGAGUUGGAGGUUGUGGCUGGGCAGGGUGUUAUUUCCUGGUUGGGAUUUUGGUGGGGAGUGGGUGGGUAUGAUGUCAUAAUUUGGACUGUGGGGCAUCGUACCGCUGUUGGGGGUUUAGUGGCUUAGGUUUUGUUGGGCUGGCUGUCGAUUGAGCGGUUCGCCGAUUCAGGGAGCGUAUCAUGUGCCAAUCACCACAAUGGAUUUAAAAGGCAUUUCCGGCCCGAAACACGUUUUGAAUCGAGCUGUUCAAUCGACGUUGAGCCAAACGGAGCAAAGGUUUUCAACCAUCCCACGCUGUGAUGGGAUACCGGCGGUUCGUGGACAUGACUCCCCGUUGCUCGCCCAUCCUCAUGUACCAGUAACAGGGGGACUCACGCUUCGCCGUUUUUCCGCUUUUGGUCGGUUUUGACAAAGAUGACCAAAACCGCAUACCGGAAGAAAAGGCGGUUUGCAGGUACAUGUACAGGAAUUGUUUUUUUUGGGGGGGCUGGCUCUACUCGUAACGCUACACACUAGUAGUUGGCUUGACAUGCUAACAAAAUAUGAUAUUAGCUUUUAUGCUAACUAUCGAGCUUCAGUCACCGGGGCUUGUGAAUGUGCUAUUCUUCUAUCAACCGUUAAAUUUAGCUUGAAAUAUUCUCUUC